GAGGUGGCCGCCGAGCUGGGGGAGCCCGGUCACUUCCUCGCACUCGGUUGCCGCGGAGUUUGCACGGGGCUCGCUCGGCGCCGAGCCGGGAGGUGAGGCUGGAGGCGGCGGCGCGGGGUGCCGCGCCUCGGCACAACUUCGCGGGUGGAGUCGGGUCUCUCUUGCAGCGGCGGCUUUGUCGCAGCCGCCACCUCUGGACUGGGGCAGCCCGAUGAGCCGGGCGGGGCGCCGGUUCUGGUGGGGAUUCAGGUUUACCCAGGCGCAGGGAGCUUCCCCUGGGACAGCGGAGCCGGGCUGUGCCGGGUCUCGCUGGGGGUGAGGGGCGCCCCUCCCCCUCGCCCCGAAGAAGGGGAGCGGGUGGCAGCCUGCGAGGCGCCCCAGGCCCUGAGGCUGCGGCACCUCGGCCGUGAGGAGGGUGCCGCCUUGCUCCCCUCCUGCGCGCCCCGGGGGCAGCAGAACGUACCCCGGGCGGAGAGUUUCUGUCCAGGCUCCCGCGGCGGGCAGCAGCGUCCGGAUCCCGGCGAGCGCGAGCCAGAGGGGCGCGAGGAUGGCGGGGCGCGCUCUGCGGGGCGCUGCGCCCCCGGCCCCGGGCGGGGAGAGGCGGGCGGCGCUGGGGCUGCUGCUGCAGGUGCUGCUGGGCUGGGGCUCGGCUCAGCAGCCCGGCUCCUGCCCCGCGCCCUGCGAGUGUUCCGAGACGGCCCGGACGGUGAAGUGCGUGAACAGGAACCUCACGGCGGUGCCCCCGGACCUGCCGCCCUACGCGCGGCUCCUCUUCCUCACGGGCAACCGGCUCUCCAGCCUCCCGCCCGGCGCCUUCCUUUCGCCCCCGCUGCCCCAGCUCAGCCUCCUCAACCUGAGCGGCAGCCACCUGGAGCAGGUGGAGGCGGGCGCCUUCGCCAGCCUGCCCAGCCUGAGGCAGCUGGACCUGAGCAGCAACGCCCUGGCCAGGCUCAGCCCCGAGGCCUUCGGCAACGCCAGCAGCCCCCUGGAGAAGCUGAACCUCAGCAACUCCCUCAGCAACCAGAGCGCGGUGUCCGCCCUGGCCGAGCUGCUGGGCUCGGGGGUGCUGGGCAACCUGAGCCGCCUGGAGCUGGCCGACAACAGGCUGCUCUCCCUGCCUGCGGGCAUGUUCUCCUCCCUGCCCAGCCUGCAGCACCUGGACCUGCGGAACAACUCCCUGGUGAGCUUGCAGGCCGCGACCUUCCACAGCCUGGCCCAGCUGCAGAGCCUCGACCUCAGCCACAACUCCCUGAAGUGCCUGAAGAACGCCACCAUCGCCCAGCUCCGCAGCCGGCCCGCGCUCCGCAAGAUCAGCCUGGACCACAACACCUGGGUCUGCGACUGCUGCAUCGAGCACUUGGUGAGCUGGCUCAAGGAGAGCGACCAGGUGGAAGGGAAAGGGGCCUUGAAGUGCUCUUACCCUGACAAGAUACGGGACAAACCCCUGGUGAAGAUCAACAGCUCAGACCUGGACUGUUCUGUGCCUGUAGACAUCCAGUCCCAACUGCAAACUUCGUAUGUCUUCUUAGGGAUAGUGCUGGCUCUCAUUGGAGCCAUUUUUCUCUUAGUUUUGUAUUUGAACCGAAAAGGAAUCAAAAAGUGGAUGUACAAUAUCAGAGAUGCAUGUAGGGAUCACAUGGAGGGAUAUCACUACAGAUACGAGAUGAAUGCAGACCCCAGGCUAACAAACCUCAGCUCUAGUUCUGAUGUAUGAAGAUACACUAUGGAAGCAGGGCAGGGCACAAUAGCUAUGCAUGAAAUGUAGACUUAAGCUUUACCCUCAUGCUCACUUCCCCUCUCCCAGAGAAACAACAGAUUUAUUUGUGCCACGUGGGGAAUAUGCCUCCAGGUAAUGUAAAGGUGAUGACUAUUUUCUGUUACCCUGAAACAUUGAGCAAUUGUGCAUGGUGUUGGGCUGUACAUAAGAAACAUGCUGCUAUUCCCUCUCUUCCUCCCCCCACCACCUGUUUUUCUUUGGAACUUGCUCUCAAUACUUAUUUGAAACAUUUUUCAAGAUCUAAAGUGAAAAAGAUCCUCUCUUUGAUGUUCCCAAACCGCAAGAGCAUAUACAAUUUACCAAUACAGAUACUAUCCAACAAAAACUGCCUCAACUUUUUUGGGAAAGAAGCUUUAUUCAUCGAUUACAGUUUUGUUCUUAUGUAUCCUAACUGAGAAGAAAAUAAUUUUAUUCCAUAAGCUACCUGCAGAUUUAAAAAGCUCCUAACAACUCUGUACAAAGAAGCAACUAAAAUAGUGAGCAUGCACAAAUACUUUGUAGUUUUACAUGUUAGGGAAAACUUACAACCUCAAUAAGCCGCUUACUCUUUUGUAAAGUUCUUUUUGAUGGCAGUUUACAUGAAAAUAGGAUGCUUUUUUAAUAUAAACUGCAUAUAAACUCAGUUUGAACUGUUAAAUAAUUCAAUAAAUGUUCUUACAAAGAACUACUGUUGUGCUGAAAUUUGUUUAAUGAUAAAACUCUGAAAUAAAUGCAUGGAAGUAUAAGUUUGGGAAAUAUAAAGUUAUUCACAAGUAGUUGUACCGUAUUAAUUCAUGGAAAACAAAUUCUGUUUUUAUAGAACAGGGUCCAGUUUAGAGUCUGGUUAUAAGUAUUCACGUGGCAAUUUGUGAAUCACCGUCUAAGACAAGUUCUCCACAGGGAGAACAGAUUUCCCUUAGUAAAAAGCCCAGCAAACAAAACAAAAAACAAAGAGGCUUAAUGCUAGGUUCUCCCUUAUCACUAAAAUACUGCAAGAUUAUAAACAAAUAAAAAUUACGUGAAAACGUACACUGCAAUUAAAAAUAAAGUGCGAUGAUGCAUGCUUAAAGCUUUAGAAAAUUGCAUCUAAACUAUUGCUUUUAAUUAUAUAGCAGAUUUUCCAUAAUAAAUUAAAUGUUGACAAAUCCUGAAGGCACAAUUUGGCACAUGAAACUUAAUGUUUGUUAUUUGAAACUUGCAAUCCUUGGGCAAUACUGCAGUAAUUACACUGUGCAUCAUGUUUUGAGAUCUGACCUAAUUUUACUGCUUCUUAAAACUACUAACAGGUCAUCUUUAAUAAUAAUUCUAUACAUGUUUGUGCUUGACAUUUGCCUAUGAGUGACAUUUUGUUUAAAUGUUUAUGCAGAAUACAUAAGGAAGGACUUUAUCAUAUUGCCUAGUAUUUAAUUUUAAUGGCACAUUUUGAAAGGAUAGCAACUGAACCAUCUGUAGCCACCAAUAACCUAAUGAGCUUUUUCUUGUAAACAGAUUCUAAAUGAAAGGGGACAGAUUCACAUUGAACUUUUAACACUUAAUUUAAUAUUUCCGCUUGUUGGCUGAGCACUUCAAUUAUUUUAUCUGACAUUCUUAAACAAUACACAUAACUUAAUAUAAAGUUUGUCUGGUACACAGAUUAUUUUUUGCUUUUAAUAGUGAAAAUUGUAGUAGCUAUAUGCUUUUCAUAAGACUUUUUAUGAACAUAAAGUAGCUCAAACUAAGAUAUUGGGUAAAAAUAAAAAUAUAUAUAUAAACUUAGUCUGACAGUUGUCACCAUUUAAAUGCAAUUUUUUUAUCCUUGCGGCAUGUGACAUUCUCAAAGUAAUUAAUUUGUUUUAAGACUAACUUCUGUAGCUUGAAAUCAUCAACAUUCACUAACACUGACAUUUUGUUUUUAAGGUACACAAUUCUGAGAAUAAGGAAAAGGGACGAACUCCCAAAAUUUUGAUGCAUGUAUUUUAAAACUAAUGACCUAUGAUAGCUUCUCCUACUCUGAUGAUGAAUAUAAGGAUCACAGAACACUAGGUUCAGUUUUCAGAUUUAAAAAAAAAACCUUCCCAAAA